ACUCAGCUUGUAACAAAGGAAGUAUUAAGCUUAUCAACAACCCACGCACUAUGCAUAACUGAAUAUCCAAACAGCACACUGAAUAUCCUCAUUGUGUUUCUCUGUACACGUAGACAAGUUUUUGUGAUUAGUAAACUCCACACGAAGUCAGGUAAAUGGAGGGCAUUUAUGUGACAAUCCGAACAUCAUUAGCCCCUCUCUCAGGAUCAUACAACGUUCUGUGGAUGUCUCUGGUUGGUUCUCAAUGUGAGUGUCCACCAUUUAAGCCACUUAGAGAUACACAGUGUCUCAUUCCAGGUUCGAGCUACACUAUUCUGGUCAAGCCUAAUGAGCAAAUAGGCACUGUGGUCCUGGUGCGUUUGUGGCUUGAGGCUCGGCCUGGCUUCCCCAAUCUCAACUGGCACUGUCUGGAUGUACAGCUGAAAAUGAACUCCAGUGCCACAGAAGUGGAGUGCUUCCCCUGCAACAGGUGGAUCAAAACUGCAGAUGGUGAUGUGGAGCUUCGCAGCAGUAGAGUAUGCUUGCUGAAUUGCGAGUCACUGCAGAUACUUCAAGAGCACAGGGCCAGGGAGCUGCAGAAUAAACAAAAACAUAUCAGAUGGAUGGCUUUUGCUGAAGGCAGCCUCCGUUGCAUUGACAUGUCAAGUGUGCAGGCCCUGGGUCCCAACUUGAGUUUUACCCGACAAAGCCCAGGCAUCAAUUUGCACUACCUUAGGGGCUUUACUGAUAGAGCUGAACCAUGGAGUAGCAUGAAGGAACUGGAGAUGGCAUUCAUUUACAAUGGAAAAGAUAACACAGUUGCCAAGUACGUUCAGGCUCACUGGAAAGAGGAUGCCUUUUUUGGUUAUCAGUGUCUGAAUGGAUGUAAUCCUCUAAUCAUCAAGCAGAUCCACUGCUUCCCAACUAAUCUAGCUGUCACAUCUGAGAUGCUCACGGAUUUUCUGCCAGAGGGUUCUUCUCUGGAGCAGGAGUUAGAGAGAGGAACUAUAUAUCUCCUGGACUAUGAGAUACUUGAUCAGUUACCUGCCAAUGUUAUCAACGGCAAACAGUCAUAUCUGGCUGCACCACUGUGCCUCCUGCAUUACAACCAACAUGGAGAGCUGAAGCCUAUUGCUAUCCAGCUUCAGAAAACCGCUGGGCCUCAAAACCCUGUCUUCCUGCCUUCUGAUUCUGCACCUGACUGGCUCUUAGCAAAGAUGUGGGUCCGUAAUGCAGACUUCCAGGUUCACCAGCUGCUCUCCCAUUUCCUUCGCACUCACUUGAUAGCAGAAGUGUGCUGCAUCGCCACACUUCGAAAACUGCCAGAAAUACACCCUCUGCACCAGUUUCUGAUGCCUCAUUUAAAGAAUUCUCUUCAGAUCAAUGUCCAGGCUCGAACUUCUCUUCUGGCUUCUAAUGGUAUAUUUGAUAAGGCUGUAGCCUGUGGCAUUAAAGCAAUGCCUCUUUUGCUUGCUCGAGGCACUGACCAACUAAACUACACUUCACUGUGUGUGCCGGAUGACCUGAAAGAGCGAGGACUGGACAAACUGCCCAACUGUUACUAUGCGCAGGAUGCUCUGAGGGUGUGGAAUGCACUUCACAGGUUUGUGGCAGGCUGGGUGGAAUUGUACUACCAUGAUGACCAGGCGGUCCAGCGUGACUCAGAACUACAGAGUUGGAUCCAAGAGAUUCACAUUGAGGGAUUUCUGGGGAUUACACACACAGGUUUUCCACAGACAUUUCAGACCACAGCAGAACUGACCAAGUACAUCACCAUGGUGAUCUUCACAUCUUCAGCACUGCAUGCAGCUGUCAACUUUUCUCAGGUGGACUUCAACUUGUGGAUGCCAAACUGCCCGGCUGCCAUGUUACGGCCCCCUCCUCAGGUGAAAGGCUCAGUGACGGAAGAAGAAAUUUUGUCCUUCCUUCCUGACGUUAACAGCACCUGCAGUGUGCUCACUGUACUGCUCCUGCUGUCAAAGCCUGCUCUUGACUAUGUGCCCUUGUGCCAGUACCGUGAGUGGUACUUCAACAGUGGCGCCCUUCACAAGCUUGUCAAAAUGGUCCAGCAAGACCUGAAGGCCAUCACUUAUGACAUCCUCAAGAGGAACAGCAAACUGGAGCUAGCUUACCCUUACCUUUGCCCAGAUAACAUUGAAAACAGUGUGGCUAUCUAAAAAAACUGAUUUAAAUCACUAUCAUUUAGUAGCUAAACAAAUCAAACAAUAAGCAUUAUUAGAUGAUGUUUCAUGUUUCACAUUUCUUACAGUAGGUCUUUUGGUGCAUAGUUGGAAAACUAAUUAAAGAGUUUGCACAGCUA